AUGCCAUUCGAUACAUGGCUCACAUCUCAACUCGGGAUACGUAUCCCUCUCGUCCAAGGUGGUAUGAUGUGGGUAGGCAAAGCUGACCUGGUCUCAGCUGUCGCAAACGCAGGUUGCCUCGGAUUCCUCACAGCUUUGACCUUCGAAACACCUGAGCUUUUGCGCGCUGAGAUUCGCAAGUGUCGAUCAAUGCUCGAGGCGGACGCUGUACAAUUUGGCGUCAACAUCACAUUAUUGCCUGCCAUCAAUCCGCCUGAUUAUAUGGCGUAUGCGAAAGUUGCAGUUGAGGAGGGCGUUAGGGUCAUUGAGACGGCAGGUGACCCAAGCAAGAUCUUAAAAUACAUAAAAGACAACGGAUGCACCGUAAUCCACAAAUGCGUAACUCUAAAGCACGCACUACGCGCCGAGAAACUCGGCGUCGACUGCAUCUCAAUCGACGGCAUCGAAUGCGCCGGCCAUGGAGGAGAAUACGACAGCACCUCUCUCGUACUCCUCUCCCUCUGCGCAGAGCAACUACAAAUCCCCUACCUGGCAUCCGGCGGCUUCGCAAACGGCAGACAAUUCGCCGCCGCACUAGCCCUAGGAGCCGCAGGCGUAAACAUGGGCACUCGAUGGAUGACCACGAAAGAGGCGCCGAUCCACCCCAACGUCAAAGACGCCAUAGUCAAAGCGACGGAGAAUGACACGAUACUCGUUUUGCGGAAAUUUCGUAAUACGACGCGAUUGCAUAAGAAUAAAGUCAGCAUGGAAGUGUUCAAGAUUGAGAAUACGAAGAAGGAUGUGGAGUUUCGGGAUGUUGCGCAUUUGAUGAGUGGGAAGAGGGGGAAGGGUGUUUAUGAGACCGGGGAUGUUGAUGCUGGCGUCUGGAGCUUGGGCAUGUGUAGUGGCCUGAUACACGAUGUUCCAAGUUGUAAAGAGCUGGCUUUGAGGCUGCAGAGGGAAGCGGAGGAGGCGCUGGAGAAGACCAGUGUAUUGAGAAAUGCUCGGGCGAGGCUGUAA